AUGAAGGAUGAAGACUCUGGUGCCGUCACAGUUCGUAUCACAGUCGACUACAAAUAUCCCUCCAUCGUUUUGGACCACUCGGUAUAUAUCAAGAAUGUCAAUUGUGCCAGUGGUAGCCUCCAGGCCAAGUUCGACAACCUCCUUGCGUUCAGUCACGCCGCCGAUACAUGGCCAGCCAAGGUACCUCUUCUCUUCGUCACAAGUGUAACGAGUUGCGGUAAUGGUGAUCAAAACUCGUUUUGGCUUGCUCGAUCCGCCACUUUCAACAUGAAUACCAACAUCUUCAGCGCUUCUGGUGCAGCCGUUGAAUUUGCUGAUAUAUACAACGAGAUGGACAUCGACUUCGGAAAAAUCGAACAGCGCAACAGCACUGGCAAUAGCACUUCACCAUCUGCUGAUGAAGAAGGGUCGAGCUGUGGCAAGCCCAACUCUCCUUUCCUUGAUGACCUUCCAGCUGUUGCAUGUGGAACGUCAUUUGACAAAUCGCUUGAUGAGAAGCUCGGAUUCUACGCUGGAACCGGUGACGAAGAAAAUCACGUCUUAGCAUCGGCCGGCGCGGAUGCUUCAGAAAACACUGAUGUUGGUGUCAAGCGUGGCCUCUUGAAGAGAGGUUGGUUGAGCAAAGCUUUCAAGAAUAUUGCUCAGAAGGUCGUUCAGGUCGUCGCCAAAGCCGCUGUCGCUGUUGUAAAGCAGGUCGCACAGACUGUGGUUCAGGUUGCGAAAACUGCUGCGCAGGUUGGUGUCGCAGUGGUCAAGACCACUGUCAAAGUUGGUGUCGCCCUGGCUGUCAAUGCUGCCAAGCUCGUCGUGUUUGUCGCCACUGGAAACUACAGCAACUCACUCUCUCUUCCUAUUGAUCUCGGGUCAGGUACAGCUCUCUCACAGAAGACCCCUUGGGAAGGUACCACUGGCUCCAAGUUCUACGACUACCGCCCCGAGAGAGAGGAUAAAAAGUGGAAGGUCUCCAAGGUCAACCUUGCCAAAGUUGCUUUAGAGCUAAAGCUUCUCCCAGGAGAGCUCGAUGCGGAGCCAGGGGUGGAUUUGUACUGCAUUGACUAUGGUGACAAGGGCAAAUUUGUAGCCACCGGUUCCAUUAGCACUACGCCACUCUCAGGUCUGAAGAAGGCCCAGGUAGGUGUUCACGGUAACAUGUACGUUGGUGAUUUCUUGGCGCUCAAUGCUUUCACGUCAUACGAAAAGACUCUUCGAAAGGAUCUGUUCGUGAAAGGACUGCUUGGGUGGAAGAUUCCUAAGAUCGUCUCCUUUGGCCCGCGCAUGAAUCUCGGCGCGCAAGCAACAUUCAGUAUUGAAGCAGAAGCCACUCUCGACUUCGUUGAUCAGUCCAAGUCAUCCCAGUCUGGAUGGACUCCGGAGGUCACCACAAAAUUCGACGCACACGGUUCGCUCUCUGCUAAAGCCGCCCUUGGUCUCCCCGUCACCUUGAGCUUUGGCAUCAAUAUCUUAGAUGGCAAGUUUGAGAAAGCUGUUAACCUAACUGACAUUCCUGCUAUCACUGCCGAAGCCAAGCUCGAAUUCGACGUCGGGACAUCCAAGACCCAAUUGGGCGGUGACGACUGCCAGGGUAUCGCUUGGGACAUUGCUAUGACCAACGGGCUCCGCAUUGACGCUCCCAGUUCGCCAGGAUGGAAGCUGAAAGGGUGGAAGUUUCCUGCGCUUGCUAAAGGGUGCGUUGGUCGCACACGCCCAGAAGAGCCCGUCGCUACCUCAUCGACCAUUGCUGCAACAUCGACAACACCCACAACUACACCAACGCCUACCCCCACUUCGCUCCAGUGUCCUGAUGCGGACGGCAAGACAUUCACUGACACCGGCUCUAACAAGAACGACUACACCAUUACCUGCGGCAAAGACACACCUGGCGCUGAUAUCACUCGGGGAAAGCGCAACUCUUUCGGCGAUUGUAUCAACUGGUGUGGCACUGUCUCCACUUGCGUCGGUGUUGUUUGGGGACCGAGACGUGCCGAUGGCGUCAACUGUUGGCUCAAGAAUGGCUGGCCAACACAGACAAACAAUCCGUCCCCAUCGACCGAUCCACUUCACAACGCCAUCAUUGCCUAA